AGGAGCCGGCUGGUUGCUAAGGGACGGGGUUCUGUGUUUCUAACGGGGACUGAGGGACUGUGAGAGAUGGAAUCCGGCGGUGCCAGUAUCCUAGAUGAUGAAAAUGCCAAACUGCGCCAGCUCAAGCUGUACAAUCAGCGGGCACUCCUGGAGCAGAAGCAGAGACGGAAGAGACAGGAGCCCCAGAUGGUGCAGCCAAACCAUGAUAACAGGCACCGGCGUGCUAAACCCAAGAAGAGUGAGGAGCAGGCUCCUCUGAUGCAGUGUCCUACCCCCAGAUCUGUGUGUUCAGACGUCAUCCUGGACGGAAUAGAUGGGCCAGCCGCAUUUCUGAACUCAGAGAGUCAGGACCAGGAAUUCAAAGUUCACAUUCUUACAGUGGGGGAAACCUGCCCUGAUGACAUCGAGUCAGAAGACUCCAGGCCCAACUCGACCGAAGCAAAUGACAGGUCCAGAUCUCAUGAGGACAAGACUCACUCUGGUUCAAGGGAAGGGAAAGGCAAGUCCCCGUUACCUGAGACAAGAGCCUCGUCUGCUUCCAACGAGGUAAAAGCCCGCCGGGCAUUAAAAGAGGUGAAAGCCCGUUCUGCUGUCAGUGAAACCACAGCCAUUCCGGACUCUGAGGAGGAGACUCAGGCCAAACCAGAUGUGUCCAAACGUGAUCUCCAAGAAAUGCUGCAGGAACGGGGUAUAUCGGAUAGCCUAAACUUUGAUGAAGAGUCUUCUGAUGAGGUAGAGUCCGGAAGCCCCCGGCCUGGAUCUUCCUCCAGCAAGAAAUCCCUCACCGACUCUGCCUCUGCAGAGACAUUGCCUGCUGUACCUUCUGGGGAUGUAGGGGAUGUGGGAGACCUGAAGGAGUUUGCCCUGCAUCCCGCCCCUCGCGGUGUUACCAUAAGGUGCCGAAUCAGCCGUGACAAAAAGGGGAUGGACCGUGGUCUAUACCCAACCUACUAUAUGCACAUGGAAAGGGAUGACAGCCGCAAGGUUUUCCUCCUUGCCGGUAGAAAAAGGAAAAAAAGCAAAACGUCCAAUUACCUGAUUUCCGUUGACCCCACCGACAUGUCGCGGGAAGGGGGCAGUUUUGUAGGCAAACUCCGAUCCAACCUGAUGGGGACUAAGUUUACCGUGUACGACAGUGGUGAGAACCCGUCUAAGGCUCUGGGACUGACGGAGAGCACUGCGGCGCGGCAGGAGCUGGCAGCUGUUUGUUAUGAGACCAACGUCUUAGGCUUUAAGGGACCUAGGAAGAUGUCCGUGUUAAUCCCUGGAAUGAACAUCAAUCAUGAACGCAUCCCAUUCCAGCCUCUAAAUGAAUCGGAGGGCCUCCUGUCCAGGUGGCAGAGCAAGUGUAUGGAAAACAUAAUUGAGCUACACAACAAGGCCCCGGUGUGGAACGAUGACACGCAGUCCUACGUACUGAACUUUCACGGCCGCGUCACCCACGCCUCAGUGAAGAACUUUCAGAUUGUGCAUGACAAUGACCUGGAGUACAUCGUCAUGCAGUUUGGCCGAGUCGCCGAGGACCUCUUCACGUUGGACUACAGUUACCCAUUGUGCGCUCUGCAGGCUUUCUCAGUGGCCCUCUCCAGCUUUGACAGCAAGCUGGCGUGUGAGUGAGAGAAGCCCUGUACCUCCUAGAUAUAUAUAGAUAUGAUAUAAGACUAGCACCCCUGCUUGCUUCUCUCUUCCUCCCUCUACCAGCGCACGGAGGCUGCGCCUGACCCAGGAGCCAUGUGUGUGUCAGACCACAUCUAGGACCUAAUGCUCAGCGUCUGUGAAGGACAAGAAACCACCGUGCCUUUAUUCACACCAAAUAUGCCUCAUGCGGGAGGCCGACCUGCUGCUUUCUGUACAGUGUCCACAGUCCCUGCUCUGCGUGUACAGUCUGCUUCCAUUAUUACUGCUGUGCAUGGUACGUUCCUGCCCAGCUGCUGCUUUGUUUGGCUUUGUGUCUUUUUAUAUUGCAUACAGCACUGUGUAUUUGCCCUGUGCCGGCUUGCUGCUGCCUUGUUAUAUUACAUACAGUGCUGUGUACCGGAGCCCUCUGCCCGCUGCUGCCUUGUUAUAUUACAUACAGCGCUGUGUACCGGAGCCCUCUGCCCGCUGCU